AUGGCCCCCCUCAACAUCGUCAUCGUCGGCGCAGGCACCGCCGGCCCCGCCGCAGCCAUCGGCCUCGCAGGCAACGGCCACCGCGUCACCAUCUACGAGCGCUCAACGACCGGCCAAGAAGUCGGCUACGCUUUCAGGCUCACGCCAAACUCCGAUCGCUGUCCGAAGCACCUCGGCAUCGACACCGUCGGUGGUGGCGCCGUGGCGGCCAACAGGGCCCGCAUAUUCAACUCACACGGCGAGCUGCUCAGAGAGGCGAACGAGAAUACAGAUCCGGAGAUGGCGAAGAAGGCCACUUCGGUCUUCGCUUAUCGUCCCCAGCUCGUGAAACAAUUGAUGGACGCUGCGCUCUCAAGCGGCGUCCAAAUCGAAACCGGCGUCAAAGUCACCUCGGUGGAUGUCGACAACACAAGUCUCACGCUCGAUAGCGGGGCGACGGUCUCCGCAGAUCUCAUCAUCGGCGCAGACGGCGUCCACUCCGCGAUUCGUCCGGCCAUCAUCGAUUGCACCAAACACUUCCCGAAACGCACCGCCAAUCAAAAUGCAAUCCGCUUCAUGCUCCCCAGAUCUGUUGUCCAGAACGACCCAACCAUGUCCUCCUUGGUCAGUGACGAACUGACCAUGUUCUCCUGGAUCGAAGGCUCCAUCAUCAACAUCGUCUACCCCGUGGACCACGGCAAGCUCUUCAACGUGACUAUAAACCACCCGGCCCAUUUAUCCGAUAAGGAAGCCGACAAAGAGCAAGACAAUGCGACUGCGACCUCGUACAACCACAAAGUUUCUUUUGAGACCGUUCGCGACGUCCACAAGGGAUGGGACCCGCGCGCUAUCCGGUUGCUGGAACUGGCAGACCCGGAAGGGUUCCGCAUCUGGCAGCUGAUGGAUAUGGAUGAGCUUCCGCGGUGCAGCAGGAAUUAUACCGCGUUGCUGGGGGAUGCGUGUCACCCGGUCCUGCCGCAUAGUUUCUCGGGCGCGUCGAUGGCGAUUGAAGACGCCAUCACGCUUUCUGAGUUUCUCGAGAGGGACGUGGAGAGGAAGGAGAUUCCGGGACUGUUGAAGUUGUGUGAGGACGUGAGAAAGCCGAGAGUGGCGAGGGUGAGGGAGAGGGCGAGGCAAACUGCGGAGGGGACUGGGGGUGAGGGGAGGGCGGAGUACAUGCAGUUCUUGGCCGGGCAUGAUGCGGUGCAAUUUGCGAAGGAGAGGCUGGCGGAGUAUAAGAGGAAGCGGUCGCAGAUGAGGACUGGGAAGCAAGAGGAACAGACGCAGCUUUGA